AUGCUUUUUCUAAAAUUAUUCCUUAUUUCGGUAUUUUUUGAAAGUACCCAACAAAAAGAUCUUCUAACCGUACCCACUAAUGAACUUGUGUUGACGGAAAAUGCAACUGAAAAUGAUGAGUUGACAAAAGAUUUCAAGUUCAAAGUUUUACCUGAAGUAACAGAAGAGAUCGGGAUUUCCCUUGAUCCUCCAUCUCCAGCUCUCAACCUCUCUCCAUCAAUUCUCUCACCGGGACAAGAAAUGAAAAUGAUUUUAAAAGAUCCAAAAGCACUUCGAGAAAACGAUGAUUCGAAAUUUCAGGUGAUUGCUUUGGGAUUGAUCAGUGGAGAUGAACAACGUUUUCCGCUUAAUUUGAAGAUUAUCAAGAAUGAGAAAAACGUAGAGAAGAAAACUGAAAGUACAGAAAAAAUUGUUGAUGGGCCAUCAUUUGAGAAAAAUCUCUACAAAAUCGCUUUCGUGAACGGGAAAUUACAAGAUGGGGACAUUGUUGUAAAGUUGAGAAAUCUUCCUCCAAAUCAUACUAAACAUUUCGAUUUUCGUCUUGUUGGUGAUCCAGAGAUUUUGAAGCUUUUCACAGCUAAACACAAAGAUGAUUCAAUUGUAAUUUCAAUGAAAAAUUGCCCAACUUGCAAUGCUCCAUUCAAAUUUUCGUUUGGUUUAAUGGGACGAGAUGGGAAAAGUAAACGAAGAUUGUCCGCUAUUUUCGUUUGUCGAAAUGAAAAUUCCGAAUCUCUUCAUUUUUCACAAAAAGUCUACUCGACUUCACUCGUUGAAGGAUCUCGAUCAUUGGCGAGAUUGAUUAAACUACGCUCAGUGGGAACGAAAGCUCAAAAUGCCACUUUCACUUUGGAGAACUCGAAUGGAGUGUUCGCGAUUGAUGGGAAAACUGGAGUUUUGUCGAUUCAAAAUCCCGAAUUCAUCUCCCGUCAAUCACUGGGUUCUCAACUUAAUCUCACCACUCAUACACAGAAUGGCUCAUUCAAUGAUACGGCCACAAUUCUCGUUGAUAUUAUUGGAAGAAAUGAAUUGUCUGAAAGUCUCCCGAAAAAUGAUCAAACCGAAUCCUCUUUUAUACUUCAAAUUGGUCAACGGGAAAUUGAUGUUUUCCCUUUGAAUGUAAAAGAGAAACAUUUAAAAUAUUCAAUUUCUGAAGGAGAUACUUUUAGCUUUUCAAUUGAUCCACAAAUUGGAACUCUUGCUUAUGUGGGAUCUUUCAAAAAAGAAACGGAAAGCUACAAAUUAAAGAUAAUCACCCAAAAUAAUCACCAUGGAGAGAAGGGGGUAAGGGAAAGGAAUGUUGAGGUGAAAGUGAUCGGAUUGGGAUCAAUGAUACCAAGAUUUCAAAAGGAUUCAAUCACAAAAGUCAUUGAUAUGGAUAAUCCGUCAAAUUUGAUCAUUGACAAUUUGCGAAUUGAGGACGAAGAUAAGGAUGCGAAACUCGAAUUUUCGAUUCACUCAAUUACUGGCGAAGAGGAGAAUGGAGAGAAAAAAACUCUUUCAAAGAAUCUUUUCAAUUUGACAUCAAUCAAAAAGUCGAAUUUUUAUGAAUUAUCCCUGGAACGAGCAAUUCCGUUGAAUACUUUAAACGUUUCUUUUAUGCAAAUAUCGAUGAGUGCUCAAGAUGUCAAUCAUUUGAAUGAACCAAAAGCAUACGCCAAUAUAACUCUUCUAAUGUUUAAAAAGAAUGCAAAAGUUGACGCAACAUUGAUCGAUCAAUUGAAUCCGAUUCCCUCAACGAUGACAAUCGAUUCGUCGACACCAAUCGGCACUUAUCUUUUCACAAUUUCAUCGAUUGCUUGUGAAAUCGAGAACUCUACGUGCUCUUUUGUUCUCAAUCGAUCAAAUAACACAAAAGUUUUGAGGGAUUUUCGAAUAAAUCCAUCCACUGGCGAAAUAACAACUCGAAAUUCUCUUAUUAAUUCUCUCAAUACAAAACCGUAUAAUCUUUCGAUAACAAUGAGAAAUGAGAAAAUGAAAAUCGAGAAGAAUGUUUCAAUGAUUGUCAAUGUAAAUCAAUCAAAAGCUAUUCAGCCGACACUCAGAAAAGAGAAAUUUGAAGUGACAAUUUCUGAGAAUCUUCCAAUUGGAGCACAAGUUUUGCAGAUUGUCAAUGAAAACCCACAAAACUAUCGACUUAUCGGUGAAGCUUCUCAUUAUUUCAAAAUUGAUGAAAAGGGAAAUCUUCAAAUCGCCGAGAAAAUUGAUGCCGAAAAAGAGGAAACGAUCGAUUUAUUUGUGCAAAUCGGCGACACGGAAAUGAUGAAUUCGAUUGCGUCGUUAAAAAUUAAUAUCAAAAACGAAAAUGAUAACGCUCCUGAGUUCGGUGAAGGGAAGUAUUCAAUUGAAUUGUUUGAUGAUAUUCCGCUUGGAACGAAAAUUGCCAAAAUUGAGGGAAUCGAUAAAGAUGGAGAUGAGUUGCGAUACUCAAUUCGAUGUGAUUGUGGGGAUAAAAUGGAUCCGAAAAUCCUCGAGAUUGAUGGAAAUGGAUAUGUGAAAGUGGUCAAUUAUCUAUCUAAAGAUUUUGAAACGAAUUUGAAUUAUUCGGUGAAAGCAAGCGAUGGUUUACAUGAAGCGAUGAACAAAUUUGAAUUGAAAGUGAAGAAAUCACAAAAAUGCAUUCCUCAAUUCGAUUCAAACACUCAAAAAGAGUUUCACAUUAGAAAAAAUUUAAAAGAACGCACUUUGCUUGGUCGAGUACAAAGAAAAGGAAGCUUUGACGAGGAUUGUGUCGUUUUUUAUUCAAUUAAGAACACAACUUUGAACGGAAAUCAAUUUGAGAUUGAUGCAAAAACUGGAGAACUUUUCGUGAAAGAUUUCUUAAUGAAAGAAGGAAAAGAACGUAGAAAUUUGAUUGUUCAAUUGAAAUCGGGAAAAUUAGUGAAAGAAAUGGGAAUUGAUGUGCGAAUUGAAAAGGGAAAUGCUGACGACAUCGAGUUUCAAGUUUUAAGUUCAAAAUUGUCUUUUGAAAUUGCAGAAGAUUUCCCGAUUGGCUCAAUUGUUGGACGGAUUCCAAUUAAGGAAUCAUAUUCUUUAUCUAAUAAACUCAAAUAUUCAAUCAAUCAACUGGACACUCCAUUCGCCUUGAAUUCACUUGGAGAAAUUCUGUUGAGCGGAACAAUUGAUGCAGAAAAACACGAAAAAUAUAACCUAACAAUUAAUGUGAUCAAUGAAAAUGGUGAAAAAACUGUAGAAAAAGAAAUUUUCGUCGAAAUUUCCCUUCAAGAUGUUAAUGACAACGGGCCGGUGUUUUUGCGAAAAGAAUAUUUAUUGGGUGUUGAUCGAGAUGCUCUCCCAGGGACACUUUUGAUCACUUUACGGGCUGACGAUCCAGAUAAAGAGAAAAAAGCCAUUCAUUACCGUCUUCUUUCAUCAACUUUUGUAUUGAAUCAUCAUGAGAAAGAAGCUGACGAAAUCUUCACGAUCAAUUCGACAAAUGGAGAACUUCGAGUGGAGAGUUUCUCGUUGAAAGAAUUUAAUGGCGGUGCAUUUUAUGUGCAAGUCGAAGCAAAUGAAGGAAUCGAUGAGAGAUCACAUAAAGAUGUUGCGACGCUCAAGAUUUUUGUGUACACCGAGGAAAGCAUUAUGGUGAUGGAAAUGACGAAAAAUCCCGUGGAAAUCUUCUGGAAUAACACAAAUGCGAUCACUGAAUCGCUUUCCCAUCGAACGGGCCUUCAAGUAAUCCCAUUAAUGAUCGAUAUUCAUCGUGUUGAAGGACAUCCAAUUCCCCAUAAUUCUGAUCUUUUCUUUAUCAUUGCAAAUGGUUCUUUGCUGAGAGUUCUAUCGGCAAAAGAGGCUUUAACACAAAUGAACACAAAACAAUGGAGAUUCGGCGGACUCUCUCCCCAAAUUCUUCUAAUGUGUUAUUAUCGAGGAAGAUUUUUGAAAGAACAACAAAUUUUCGCUGAUCGCCAGAUUCUCGCUCAAACACUUCAAAGACCAAAGAUCGCGCCAGUUCCUUUGAAUUUAGUUUUUGAUGGAUUAUAUGAACGAAACAAUCCAUCGCUUUUCCAAUCAACCGAAUAUUCGAUUCAAGAAGUGAAGAUGAAUGUUGAAGAUGAGAAAAAUGAGAAAGAAGCACUUGAUCUGUCAGCAGAAUAUGGAGUUGUUGACAAGAGAUCACCUCGACUGAACAAUAUGAAGAAGAAUCGAGAUUAUGCAACCAUUUAUGAAGCUUUG